AUGGACGCUGGGAAGAAACAACAGCAAAUGACCGCGGUAAAACCUGGGCCCGAGAUCGAAGAUUUCGCCAACGCUCUGGAUGCUUGCUUAGCACCUGGCCUCAGUGUGUCGGAGAAAAAGGCUCGCGUUCUGGACCUUCCACGCAAGUAUCACGAGAAUGCGAUUCGCCGGUUGGCGCACAAGCGACCCAUGCCUCGGCGAGGUUGCAGUGAGGACAUGGACUUGGACGUGGAUGAGCGGUUCGGAAACGGGAGCAAAACAGAGACAUCAGAAGAUGUAACCCAGCUGGAAAAGGAGGUGCAAACGUGGCAUCUUUUUCGACGGCUUCUUCCUCCGCGAUACUCUGAUUCGACUGAUGAGUCGACGCGCCUUUCUCCGUUUCCCGCCUCGAAACCGGCCCAACGAGACUCCUUGGGCGAAUACCUCGCAACUGACGGCCUUGCCUUGGAGCGCCGUGCUGUUCUUCAGUGGCUGCAAACCAAUUCUGCCUCUGAGCCAGACAUCGACGACGUGGCCCGGAAACUUCAGCAGGAUGCGGACAGGGGAGAUAUAAUUGCGCACGGCUGGCUUCACACACGAUCAAAGAUAAAGCUGAGGAAGAGCAUGACAGCAUGGCCUCAUUUAUUGGAUCGUCAGUCGCCCAACGUGACAGCAUCCCACCUUAACGCUGACGGCGCACCGCUCGUUACACAUCUCGAUCCCGAUGCAUCCACUCGACAGCGCCGCAAAUUAGAACCUCAAGACGAGUUCUUCGAGCGGGCUAUAUGGCUCGGAUGCUUGAAGCAUUUGCGACGAGGUAGCAGUCUGGAAGAUAUUCGCGAAUGGUGCCAGGAGCGGACAGAGUUGUGGAGAGCCGUCUCAAUGUCUGCCAUGCCCCUGUCUGUUGACGACAACCAAGGUCCUGCGUCCAAUAUCGACCCAUCGGCCUUGGUUCUAUGGCGUAGGAUGUGUCUUGCGUUGGCUAGACAAGGGGGCUCCUCUGAUGACGAGCGCGCCGUGUAUGGAAUGCUCUCAGGAGACAUCUUGAGUGUGGAAAAGGUAGCAAAGACGUGGGACGAUUACCUAUUCGCCAACUACAACGCCCUCCUUCGAUCACAAAUCGACACAUAUAUGUUGUCCCAGUGCCCCUCCGACGUAGCGUCAAACCUGACGCAGUCGUUCUCAACAUUUGAUGCAGUACAAUUUCACGGCGACCAGGAGGGCAUCGAGAAACGACUCAUCAACUCCAUCGCAUCAAGACCGAAUAUGGCGGCCCAAGCUAUGGAGCCCAACAAGGCCCUUCAGGCUUCGUUCAUUGCAAAGGAACUAGAACGUCAUCUCUUUGAGCAAGGCCUGGUGCUGACCAAACAGGCAAAUGAGUCGAAAGUCUCUCGUCUUGUCCGCCCCGGGCUUGACGCCGAUUACGACGUCGUAGAGACGAAGUAUUUCGAUUUUUCACAGCACAGUGGGCUACGAAUUGUCGCUCACGUAUUCGUCCUCAUUGCCUUGCUGAAGCGAUUUGAGGGCCACCGUCACAGUUGGAUGGAGCCUGGGUUCCCUCCAGACAAACGAUUCACUCAAGAGAAUAUACUGGCCAGCUACACAGACUAUUUGCGACGGUGCAAGCUCCAGGAGCUGAUUCCGCUGUACUGCUCUGUUUUGGACAGCCCUCGGUCCUACGAAGUUCUUGCUUGGAAUGUCAUUGAAGAAGCCGACCCGAAUAACCGGAUCACGCAACUGAAACUAAUCAAGCGCGCUGGAAUAGAUGUACUGGAGUUCGUGGAGAGACAGGCGACGCUAUUGUUUGACGAGCUGGAUCAUGACGCAACCUCAUUUGGUGCCGAAGAAUGGUUCAAAAUCUUGGACAAUGGCCCGGCAACUGCUCGGCAUGGUAGGCCUAUCAAACCCGAUUUCUUCGGAGACGAGGAGGACAAGGUCGACAUCAAGGAUGUUCAUGUCAUACGAGCGUUGGAGUGGCUCCUGACGGUCAGCGAAACCUGGCCCAAGGUGUUCUCCAUCGGUACAAGAGUGUACAAAUUUUUCCUCAGGAAUUCCCGGUUGAACGCGGCGCGGAGACUGAUGCAGAACGUUUCUUUUAGCGAAGUCAUGCGAGGCACGAUGGACCAUGAUGACGGGUACGUCAUGCAUGAGGAUGCAGACUUUUGGGCUCGACAGCUGCAGCUGAGUGGUAUAGAAGGCGCACGACCAGAGCAAGUGAUGACCGAUGCGCGGAACUACCGUGAACUUGAGGCUCUUGUUAAGGCGCUCGACAACCUCGAGACCAUGGCAUCGCUUGCAGUGAUAUCCAGAGACGCCGAUACGUCCAACCGGGAAUUCUGGAAAGGCGUGGGUGCCACGAUUGACGCGACCAAGGACAAUAUGCAGCCCUUGCUGCAGAACUGGCUGCUGUCUGGCAUUGAAGCCGGCGAUGAAGAGCUUAAAAAGCUCCGACAGGCAUACUUGCCAGAGACGAUCCUGGCCUACGUCAGCGCAUUACACUUUGCGGGAACCGGCCUGACGCGCGAUCACCUCCUCGACUGCAUGGAGCUGUCUUCCGUCAUUGCAGAGAGGAACUCCGACCUGGCGGAUGUGUUUGUAAGCACGGGGCGCGUGCGGGAACUCGUGGAGGCGUUUACGUGGUGUAGCAAGGCGCUCGCGAUUGCGACGGGAGACAGCAAGAGGUCUGUGGGCUCGGCUAGCAAGAAGCUACGAUAUAUGGGGUGGUCAAGAGACCUGUGGUCUAUUAGAAACUGA